AGCAUGUUCGCUUGGCUGAUGCUCUCCUGCCUCUUUGGCUUCUCCCUGGCUGAGGUUCAGGAUUAUCAAGUAUGUUACAAGGGAAGUAGCGCUGCUGAAAACAGAUGCAUGAAGGUGAAUGUCGACCGCCUGGCCAUGAAGAUUCACUUCCACAUGCCCGAAUCCGACGACUUCGAUGACGUGGAAACUCUGGAGGAUUAUAGUGUAGGUCUAGCAGCAUCCCGAGUGGUAUCUCAGGAAGCGUGUUACGUGAGGCGACUGGUUAAAUCUUUCGAGCAACAAGUGGCCUUCAUCAAAGGCCAUCAGGAUGAUGGCAUGAGGGCUGAGUCUGAAGCCAGAGUUUCCGCUGUUUCCCUCGAUAAUCCUGAGGAAGAGAUCGGCUCCGAUCUUGCCAACUUCUGUGGCGACCUUCCCGUUUACAAACUGGUGAGUGAGGAACAGAGUGACAGUGUGCAAGACCGUCGUCAAGUGAGCGUCACCUUCUCCCGCUGCGUCCUAUUCUGUUUACGUCCCACCUGCUUCACCACAACGCUCACGCUCCCCACUGGCGGCACAAUCACCUUCGGCUGGCUCUUCUUCGGCUAAAAACACUGUUUGAGGAAUAUUCUUUACUUUUUUCGUUGGUCAAAUAGAAGUCUCAUUUACUUGUCUCGAUGAUGUACACUCGCUUUUCAGUAAACUUUAAUGCAA